AGUUUCCCCCUCUAGUUGAAGUUUAUAAGAUUUGAAAUUUCUGACAAAUAACGGAAAAACCGGAAAGUAAAAUCUUUUUAUUUAAGGAAAAAAAAAAAUUUUUAUUUAAGGAUAAAAUAUUUGCAAUAUCGCAAUAUUUAAGUUUUAUUGCCGUUUCGCAGGUAAUUUUAACGACCUUGAGAAAAAACUUUUUCUUUCUUGAAAUUGCAUUUCGGCAUUUAAAAUUGCGAAUAAAAAUGCCACGAAGAACAAUAGUGAAUCGCAUUAAUGCUUCCUACAGCGAUAGUGACGACGAAAUGUCAAUUUCCUAUCGUUCGCAAACUCAAACGCAAUCGCGAAAGAAGAGAAGAGACGAUGGUGAUAAUACAAGUCGCAUGUCACAAAGUCAAAGAUCACAAGGAAGAAGAAAAUCGGGCAAAUCUCAAAGUCAAAUGAUGUCACAAUUCAUUGAUAACGACGAUGAUGAUUAUGCCAAUGAUGAUGUUUCAAUUAGAACACAAACAAUUAUUCCUGACGAUGAAGUUAAUCGUUUAAUGGGACAUGUUAUUAGAUAUAUUCUCGUUGCCGAUCGUUCUCGACUUCCAAUUCUAAGACAAAAUAUUCAAAAGAAUAUUUUAAAUAAUUCCAAGCAUUAUCGGACUGUUAUGGAUAGUGUGAGACUGACUUUUCAUAAGGUGUUUGGAUACAAAUUAGUGGAAAUCGAUGCUGGAAAAUAUAUUUUAGUGAAUGAAAUUCCAAACAAUGAUUAUCAUGUGACAUUUCCGUCGGAAAAAAAUAAAAUGGUUCUUUUGUUCAUAUGUUUGUCACACAUUUUUAUGAACGACUUGGUUUCUAGCGAAGAUAAUCUGUUCAAUUUUCUACGCAAAUUGGCAAUUGUGAAUGGUGAUAAUUUUAGUCACGAAUAUUUCGGUGAUGUUCAUCAAUUGAUAACAGGAGAUUUUAUCAAACAAAGAUAUUUGCUUCGUUCAAAAGUGGAAAAUACUGAACCUGAAAAAUUCCAGUAUCAAUGGGGAUCGCGAGCUGAGCAUGAAUUGGAUAAAUUGGAAGUUCUUCAAUUCGUGUCGAGGAUUUACAGAAAUAAACCCGUAGAAGAGUGGACUUCUCAACUUAAAAAUAUUGGAAAUCCAGAUAAUCACGAUAUGAACUAAAAAAUUCUUUUUUUUUGAGUUCAAUUUUUUGUUUGUUUGGUGAUAUUUUGACAGUAUUAUUUUUUCUUCCAAAGAAAUUUCAUUUAUUUCGAUAGAGGCCUAAAGAAGAAAUAUGAUUAUAUUAAGAGAGCCAAUUAGCGGAAGAAUAAGUGCGUUUUGAAAUUGUUGAAAUUGUCCCUGAAUGCAGCCAUAAAACUGUAAAGCAAAAGAUUAGGACCGAAUGUGGUCUCCAAAGUUCACUAAGGGGUCAGGGAUUUCAUAGUAAAAACGGUUUUUCUUUUUCUUUUAAAACGGAUUCAGAAGUUAUUUUAUUUUUUUCUUAUUCUUAUAUAAUAAUACUCGUACUAUUUGAUAAUAAGUGCCUUCACUUUGACAAAGUGAAGUAAAUGUUUCAAGUUUCUUGUUGAAAUAAAAAAAAUUAAUAUAGAAAAAAA